AUGUGCACUCCGACCCCGCACAGAGUGCGCAUGUGUGGCGUCCCGUGCAUACGCACUCCGUACGGGGCCGCUUGCACGUGGCAGCCUUACGGGCCCGUAGGCCGCCGUGCAAGUCCGUACGGACUGCCGCUUGCACGGCGGCCCCUACAGAGCGCGCAUGUGCGGCACCCUUAUUACGACGACGACUGCGUCGAGAAAUGCGCCGUCGCGCCGGGACACCGAGGGGCGUCGAAGUGGCGUCCGCUGACUGACUGGCUGACGGGGCAGAGCGGCAGCGGAGGAGGAGGGGGGCAGGCGUCACGAGCGCCCCCCCUCCCCGGGCGGGAAAAGGCGACUCCUUCGCGGAAGGCAGCGGAGCUGAAAGGCGCACUCUGGGAUGUUGCCAUGGAAGGACAAAAGAGUCACGCGCAUCAUCCGGACGACCAGAACAACCCGCUCUGCAAAGUGGCAAACCAGGAACGCCCGCACGAGGCGCAGAGGCACCUGACUUCGUACCCGUAUCGCUGCGCCUUAGCCGACUUUCAGAUCGAGAAGAAAAUCGGGCGAGGGCAAUUCAGCGAAGUCUACAAGGCCACUUGCCUUCUGGACAGAAAACUAGUGGCGUUGAAGAAAGUCCAGAUAUUUGAAAUGAUGGAUGCCAAGGCUAGACAAGAUUGCAUUAAGGAAAUAGACCUUUUGAAGCAAUUGAACCACCCCAACAUAAUCAAGUAUUUGGAUUCAUUUAUCGAGGACAAUGAACUGAACAUUGUAUUGGAACUGGCGGACGCAGGCGACCUCUCUCAGAUGAUUAAGUAUUUUAAGAAGCAGAAACGGCUGAUUCCGGAGCGGACGGUUUGGAAAUACUUCGUGCAGCUGUGCAGCGCCGUCGAACACAUGCAUUCCCGACGAGUGAUGCACAGAGACAUCAAGCCAGCCAACGUCUUCAUAACAGCCACCGGAGUGGUGAAACUGGGAGAUCUCGGACUGGGCCGCUUCUUUAGCUCCAAAACCACUGCCGCACAUUCCUUAGUGGGAACACCCUACUACAUGUCCCCGGAAAGGAUACACGAAAAUGGGUAUAAUUUUAAAUCGGACAUCUGGUCUUUGGGCUGCUUAUUGUACGAGAUGGCCGCUCUCCAGAGUCCCUUCUACGGCGACAAGAUGAACCUGUUUUCGCUCUGCCAAAAGAUCGAGCAGUGCGAUUACCCUCCUCUCCCGGCCGAGCAUUAUUCAGACAAGUUGCGAGAGCUGGUCGGCACCUGCAUCUACCCCGACCCGGACCAGAGGCCCGACAUCGGAUACGUGCACCAACUCGCCAAACAGAUGCACGCCUGGACCUCCAGCACUUGAUCCCGGAACUCUCCCGGAAAAAAAGAAAAAAAGAAAACCAAGCCAUCCCUGCGCAGUCUUACUUGAACCUUCCGUCUCGGACGAAACCAAGAGGUGCCUCGCCGAUUGAAACGGACGGG